AUGUCUGGUAAUCGUGUGAUGGUAAUUCUCCCAGGUGGUCGUAAGCAAAUGGAGUCUAUCCACAACUUGUGCCCCUUCGAGCAGACUGGUAGGUCAGCUGAAGAUUUUAUUGGCCCAAGUCGUGUGGGGGCUCGUAUAUCGGUGAGAAUUGCUGAUAUUAACGGCGACAGCGACCUUUAUACUGGAACGAUUCGUCGUGAUGAGACUGUGAUGUCUCCUGAGGAUCCUCGUGGUCGUUGCCUGGUUACUUGGGAUGAUGGUACUGAGCCAGAAUGGCUGACCCUGGGAGAGGAACAGUGGGAGUUCUCUGAUGAAACUAGUCCGCCAAAGUUGUCCCGAUUGCCCAGAAGAAAGAAGUGUCGCACAGGUGUUGUGCGAGGGGGGCGUGUAGAGGGAUGA